AUGGCCGAAUCCGUACCCCUGAUAGACAAGAGUACGGGGGGGACUCCACGGGCUAGUUUUACAUUUGCUAAAGAUACCCCGCUCGGAAAACGUCCCCAAGCCAUUGCCCAUCGAGGAUACAAAGCUGCAUACCCAGAAAACACAAUGAGCGCAUUCAAAGGAGCGGUGGAAAUCGGGGCACAUGGUAUUGAGACUGAUCUACACUUGACCAAGGACCAAGUGGUGGUUUGCUCCCACGAUCCCACGCUCAAACGCUGUUUUGGCAAAAACGAGAAGCUUGUCGACUGUAACUGGGAUUAUAUCAAGACGCUGCGUACGGUGCAAAAACCACACGAACCAAUGCCGAGGUUGAAAGACCUCUUGGAAUAUUUAGCAACCCCGGGUCUGGAGGAUACUUGGCUGGUGCUUGACAUCAAGGUGCUUUUGCCGAGCUUUACAGAUGCCCUGCUGGGCAACAAAGCUGUUCAGACGAAGCUGGACGAUUAUGCCGAUGAUCUUUUUAGGUUGAUUGCAGCUACAUUGGCGGAGGUUAAGCCGUCGUCGUGCCCAUGGAAUCAACGUGUGCUGGUGGGGUGCUGGGCGGCAAAAUACCUCCCCCUCUGCGCGAAAUACUUACCCGAAUAUCCUAUAACUUACAUUGGAUUCAGCCUGGACUAUGCGCGCCAGUUCCUCAAGGUUCCGAGCGUUAAUAUCAAUAUGUUUCAAAUGUUUUUAGUCGGCCCCCGUGGGAAUGCUUUGCUUCGGGAAGUAAAGAAGAAAAAGGCCGACCGCUCAAUACUGCUGUGGACCGUGAACGAAGAAUCGUGGAUGAAAUGGAGUAUCAGGCAAGAAGUUGAUGGAGUAAUCACCGACGACCCAAAGAAAUAUCUGGAGGUAUGCAAGAGUUACAAUAAAGACGAGAAGUUAAGCCACUCUCGAGCGUCUUGGAAGGCCAUUUUCAUGAUGCACAUGCGGGCUCUGGUAUACGGGUUUUCGUUCAGACUUAAACAUGGAUAUUGGGUCGAUGUACAGCAGGUUAGGAAAUAUCUAGAGAACUGA